AUGGCAACCACUGGUGUCUCGUGUUCCCUGAUUGCCGGCGCGUUUUUACUGCGUCUUCUCUUGGUUCCCCUAAACUUGUACAGGAGCACCGAUUUCGAAGUACACCGCAACUGGCUGGCCAUUACACAUAGUCUUCCCGUUUCGGAGUGGUACUUUGACACAACAUCCCAGUGGACUCUGGACUACCCCCCUGCUUUUGCCUACUUCGAAUGGCUGCUGUCUCAAGUUGCUACGCUCGUUGAUCCCGCCAUGCUACAAGUAAGCAACUUGGAGUAUGCCAGCUGGGCCACGGUCACCUUUCAGCGGCUAUCAGUAGUCGGAGGUGACCUCAUCCUCCUGGCUGGGGGCCUUGCUUUGGGGGGCCCCCGAACCGCGGCGGCUCUUUUGUGGAACUCAGCCCUGAUCCUCGUGGACCACAUCCACUUCCAAUACAACGGGAUGAUGUUGGGCUUGUUGCUGCUGUCCGUGGCAGCCAUCGAGAGGGGCCGGGUCUACUUGGGAGCCUUCCUCUUCUGCACACUCCUGUGCAUGAAACACAUCUUUCUCUACGUGGCUCCUGUCUAUUUUGUUUACCUCCUGCGGGGCCACUGUGGCGCGUGCUGUUGGCCACCUCGGCUGCUGCCUGGCAACUUGGUAAAGCUCGGCUCAACUGUCCUUGCUACUGUCUUGGUGCUCACCAGCCCAUUUCUUAGCCUCAAGCAACUUGAGCAAAUUGCCCAGCGCUUAUUUCCCUUUGGGCGGGGCUUGACUCAUGCUUACUGGGCGCCAAACUGCUGGGCUCUUUACAACACACUUGACCGCGUUAUUGCCAAAGCCACGGGCGCAACAGGCGGCUCUUCGUCCACGGCAGGCUUUGCCGAGGUAUAUGAAUCAGUUGCGCUAUGGACCAUUCCGCCACGUGCCACGUUCAUUCUGACGCUCGUGGCAUACUGUCCAUUGCUCCUGGCCAUUUGGCGUCGCACCGGGCCAGCUGGGGCGGGGUCGGGCAACUUCGCUACUUAUGUUGCGUUGGGGUCUGCCGCGGCCUUCACUUUCGGCUGGCAUGUUCAUGAGAAGGCAAUUCUGAUGGUGACAAUCCCUCUUCUAUCUGCUUGCACCUCUGGCCGCCCAUCCCUCAGCGCCACCUAUCUGGUCCUGUCCUCUGUGGCGUGCUUCUCGGUGAUGCCCUUGCUGCCGAACCAACCUCUGGAGACUGGCAUCAAGUGGUUGCUCUUCCUUGCCGGAGGUCUUGUGGAGAUGCUGCUGCUUCAAGGACAUGGGCUCUUCUCAAGCAAGGCAGGUUCCUUGCCCUGGAUGCUGUUGGCGGCCUGCUAUGCCGUGCUUGGUGCCUACCGAGAUUUUGGUGGGCACUCGCUGUUAUUCCGGGGCAGGAUGGAGUUCCUGCCCCUGCUCCUGACCUCGGACUUUUGUGCCAUUCUGGUGCUUGGGGCCUUCGGCAAAGUCUUCAGCUUGCUGCCAUCAGAGAGUAAAGUUGAAUAG